UUCCAGAUUCUUGUUUGGUAAUGUGGGAGGUGUCGAAAGAAGGUGUUGACUUGUUACAAGACUGGCUGGAUGAAUUGGGUGAUGAGGAUAUGAAAAUAUGUAGUAAUCGAUUAAUGAAGCAGGAAAUGAUGAUAUUUGAUUGCGAUGAAAUGAUGUCCAUCCUGAAGCCUCUUUCCAGGAAAUUUCCCAUUUAUAGGUUUGUCGAGAGGAUAAAACCUCAUGUUCCAGUGAUUGAGAGGAAAGUUAAUCCCGAAUAUGAGGCUAGAGUCGAAAGGCUGAGACGAGAACAGGAAGAUCGUGAAUAUCGUGAAAUGGUACGGUCAGUUGAUCCUAAUCAGAUUUAUGGACAUGAAAACUUGUUGCAUGGAUUCGGUGAAGAAAUGAAAGCAGUAAAUAAACAGUUAAUGGUGAUAUUCAAUACACUUCUCACAGUGGCUGGUGGAUUUUCAUUCGGAUAUUUUGGAAUUGAUUAUGUUUAUCCAGGUUUACAUCAGAAUAUGGCAUUUCGAAUAGCUCUUGGUUUAGCAAUUGCUAUUGUUGUUUUUUUCGCCGAUCUAUAUUUUAUAGUAAAAGGAAUGGAUGACUUGGGGGAGAAACCGAUAAAGCAAAAGAAGAUGGUCGUGACAGAGGAGAUUCGAAAAAAUGAUAUGUUGAAGAAAAAGCAAUGAAUGGAUAGAACCACAUUACGAUUUAUAAAGAAGUAUUUUCAGUUCACUUAUUCUAUUUUAUACAAGUGGUAGUGCCUGUAACACUGAGUCUGCAUUCAUUGUUUUAAUUUUACUUUUUAAUCUCAUUUUUCUACGAUGAAUAAUUGUGGUUUCUCUCAGCAGAAGUUUAUAUCAUCAUCUAUCAUCCGUAGAAAAAAUGACAUAUGAAAUACACCAAAUAUAGUAUGGUUUAAAGAAACAAGAAUGAUCUGCGUUAAAAACAACAUUAACC